UUGAGACUGCCCGAGCUUUCACACAAGAUUCCAUUCACUUUUGUAUCGUUUCCAGCUGAUUCAUUCCUUCCUACCAAGAAAACCAUGAACACUGCAGGAGAGUCGUCGUUUGUUUCUUCAGUCAAGAAAGUGGGAGAGCUCCUUCUCCCUCCGUUCAUUCAAUCGAUGUGGGAUCAAUUGGUGGUUCCCGAGUUUUUGGACUUCGUACGCGGAGCAGGACUUGAAGAAAAUCUGGACAAGUGGAGGAAAACGCUGACAAGAAUUCAGACAAUGCUUGAUGAUGCCGAGGAGAAGCAACACAGUGACAGGGCUGUGAAAGAGUGGUUGGAUGAUCUCAGAGACUUGGCUUACGAUCUCGACGACAUUGUGGAUGAACUCACCACUGAAGCAUCGAAAGCUGAAAAUCAGGAUCGCCCAAGUAAGGUACGGAAACUCACCCCAGUUGCUUGGUUUACUCGUUUGACUCCAAGUUAUUUUAAGAUCAAAAGUAGGCUGGGGUCAAAGAUAAAGGAGAUCACUGAUCGAUUCAAUGAUAUCGAGACACGGAAAAAUCAACUGAAUUUGAAACAAACUGCUGAUGAGAGGUCGUCAAACAAAAGGAGAUGUACAGCGGCGCCAACUUCUGUAAUGAAUGAUUGUCAUGUUUAUGGCAGGGAAAAGGAUAAAGAGGCUGUGCUUGAAUUGUUGCUGGGUGAAAAAUGUAGUGAAGCUGGAGUUUCUGUGAUUCCUAUACUUGGCAUGGGAGGUAUAGGAAAGACAACUCUUGCCCAGCUUUUAUUCAAUGAUGAAAAAGUGCAAAGCUUUUUUGAUUUGAAAGCAUGGGCUUGUGUUUCUGAAGACUUUGAUGCUGUUAGGGUGACAAAAGCAAUUAUAAAAUCGGUUACCUCUGCAAGCUGUGACGAAACUGAUCUGAAUUUGUUGCAAGUCCAACUCAAGGAGAAACUAAAAGGGAAGAGGUUUCUAGUCGUUCUUGACGAUUUGUGGAAUGAGAACUACCAUGACUGGACUAUCCUAUGUGCUCCUUUCCUAGUAGGAGCUCCUGGAAGUAGGAUUGUCAUCACAACUCGCAAUCAGGGAGUUUCAUCAAUGACGAGUACCAUUCCAGCCUACUGUUUGAAAGUAUUGUCAAAUGAUGCUUGUUUGUCUGUAUUUACCCAACAUGCACUAGGGACAAGCAACUUCAGUGCACAUCCAAAUCUCAAAGAUAUUGGUGAAAAAAUCGUUGAAAAAUGUAAAGGCUUGCCUUUGGCAACAAAGACCCUCGGAGGCCUCUUGCGCACUACGUUCGACCGUUAUGAGUGGGAAGGUAUACUAAAGAGCAAGAUAUGGGAUAUACCAGAGGAGAGAAGUAGAAUUGUUCCAGCUCUUAUGUUGAGCUACCACCAUCUACCUUCACAUUUAAAGAGAUGCUUUGCAUAUUGUGCAAUACUCCCGAAAGACUAUGAAUUUCAAGAGCAGCAGCUAGUGUUGUUAUGGGUGGCAGAAGGUAUAAUUCAGCCACAAGGAGAUAAGCAAAUGGAAGAUUUGGGUAGUCAGUAUUUUCACGAUCUAUUGUCGAGAUCAUUUUUUCAACAGUCAAGCAUGAAGAAAUCAAAGUUUCUAAUGCACGAUCUUAUCAAUGAUUUAGCCCAAUGGGUUGCAAGAGAUAUAUGCUUCAGAAUGGAUGAUAGAAUUGAGAGCAUCAACAAAGGAAAAAUUUCCAAAAAAGUUCGGCAUUUGUCUUACCUGGGUGACCAUUUUGAUGGCGCUAAAAAGUUCGAGGUUUUUUCUGAACUCACGUGUCUACGUACCUUCAUGCCUCUUAUGCUAUCUAGUAUGGGGAGUUGUUAUUUGACUCAUGAUGUUCCUCUUAAAUUGUUGUCGAAAUUACCAUGUUUAAGAGUGCUCUCUUUGAGUGGGUACUGCAUAGUUGAGCUACCGGAUUCAAUUGGUGAUUUGAAGCACCUACGGUAUCUUGACCUCUCUUACACUCGAAUUAGAGGUUUGCCUGAAUCAAUAACCACUCUCUGCAGCUUACAAACACUGCUAUUGAAAAGUUGUUCUUAUCUAGGGGAAUUGCCAUCAAAUUUGGGGAACUUGGUCAACUUGCGCCACCUCAACAUUCUCAAUGCCAAAAAACUGGAAGGGAUGCCUCCUCAAAUAGGUAAAUUAACUAGCCUCCAGACAUUGUCUAAUCUAAUUGUGAGAAAAGGCAAUUGCUUCGCGUUAAAAGAGUUAGGUUCUUUGUUGCAUCUUCAAGGGACACUCAUUAUCUCAAGAUUGGAGAAUGCCAUUGAACCCAAGGAUGCAAGCGAUGCAAAGUUAAUUGAAAAGCCCGAUCUCAAUGAGUUGUGCUUGGAAUGGAGCGCCCAUGUGGAUUGGUCAAAAGAUAGAGCAAACGAAUUAAACGUACUUAACAUGCUACAUCCAAACAAGUCUUUGAAAGAGCUCACUAUCAGGUGCUAUGGUGGUACAAAAUUUCCAACUUGGUUAAAAGGUCAUUCAUUUCCUCAUUUGGUACUCCUAAGGAUUGAAAACUGUAAAAAGUGCACAUCAUUGCCACCAGCGGGCCAAUUACCAUCACUUAAACAAAUUUUCAUUGCAGGCAUGGCUAAUGUAAAGAAUGUUGGUGAUGAGUUUUAUGGGGGUAGUUGCUCACAACCUUUUGAAUCCUUAGAAACUUUGUAUUUCGGGGAUAUGGAAGAAUGGAAGAGGUGGAGCCCUAAUAGAGAAUUUCCACACCUGCGUGAGCUUUCUAUUAUAAAUUGUCCCAAGCUGUUGGGGAAUUUACCAAACCACCUUCCCUCACUACAAAAUGUUGUUAUAGAAAGAUGUGAGCAGUUGGUGGUUUCAAAUGCAAGAUUUCCGGAGCUUUGCAAACUAAAAUUUGAGAAUUCAAUAGGGGUGGUACGCAAAAGUAAGGUGGACUUCACCUCACUAAACUCUAAGUCUCUUGCUAGAAUUUCGAACUUCACAUGUCCAAGAGAAGGGUUUAUGAAUGUAGAAAAACUAAGGAUUGCAAAUUGUGAGGAGCUAACGCCAUUAUGGUCAAAUGAUGUGGGAUUACUAAAACCCCUCCCCUGUCUUAGUUAUAUGAUCGUUGAUAACUGCCAAAAACUAGUUUCUUUGGUGGCAGAAGAAGCAAAAGAGCAGUCACAGCUGGGUAUGCCAUCCACACGCAAUGACAUGAAAUCUUUACCCAAGGCAUUGAUGUACAACAACAAAUGUCUUGAGCGUAUUCAUAUUAAUAAAUGUGAUUCGCUGUCACACAUUGCAACAGGCCAACUACCUCCAACUCUAAAACGGCUAGAGAUAAGGCAUUGCGAGAAUAUACGGAUUUUGCUGGACGAGAAUGAUACCAAUAGUUGUUGUAGCAGCACACCUCUUCUUGAGUACUUGCAAAUUUUUAAUUGUCCAUCCCUCAAAUCCUUAACAUCCAGCGGAGAAUUACCUGCAACACUUAAACUCGUGAAGAUUCAGAGUUGUAGAAUGCUGGAGUCAGUGGCGAAAAGCUUCCAUCAGAACUCUUCUCUCGAAAUAAUUCUCAUUAUGAGUUGUGAAAACCUUAAAUCCUUACCGGACGGAGGAUUGCUCCCAUGCAACCUUAGACAGCUGCAGAUUUUCGGUUGUGAGAAAAUGCGGGCCCUACCAAACUGCAUACACAGCAUCUCCUCUCUUCGAGAAUUAAAGAUAGAAAAAUGUUCAAGUGUGGAAUCCUUUCCGGGAGAAGGCUUUCCCACCAACCUAACAUCUCUUGGAAUCGGAGAUUGCGACAUCACUGAGGCCUUGCUUGAGUGGGGGUUGCAAAAGCUUACUUCUCUUCAACAUCUUGAAUUUGGAGGUGGAUGUCUGCAUCUGGUGUCAUUUCCAGAAAUGACGUUGUCUGCCUCUCUAACCAGCCUCCAUAUCAGAAACUUGCCGAAUUUGAAAUACUUAUCUUCAGAAGGCUUUCGAUGCCUCUUAUCUCUUAAAACACUAGAAAUUGGUUUGUGCGAAAAGUUGAUGUCCUUUCCAGAUGAUGGUCUGCCUCCCUCUCUAACCAGCCUCUACAUCAAUAACUUGCCGGAUUUGAAAUGCUUAUCUUCCAAAAGCUUUCGAUACCUCUCAUCUCUUAAAGAACUAAGAAUUGGUUGGUGCGAAAAGUUGAUGUCCUUUCCAGAUGAUGGUCUGCCUCCCUCACUCUUGGAUCUUCGCAUCGCUUGCUGUGAAAUGUUCACAUCCUUUCCGAAGGAUGGUCUGCCUCCCUUACUCCAGCAACUUCAUAUUGCAAACUGUCCUCUGCUGAAAGAACACUGCAAGAAAGAUCAAGGACGAGAGUGGUCCAAGAUAGCCCACAUCCCUUGCGUUCAAAUUGAUCGUAGGUUCAUCUAUGACCCAGAACCAGAAGAGUAGAAUCGGCCCAUGGAUCAAUACGACCUAGAGAUUUUGUUUUACAAAUAAAUCCAAAGAAUAGGUGGCUCCUUUGUUUGUCUUUUGAGUGUUUGCGUUGGAAAGACCCUCCUACUGCUGUUCUUGUUGGUUUGGUGUACGUAGUGCUAUUCUUGCUGGGGUUAACGGCAUCGUAAGUGUUUGUUAAAAUGCUCAACCGACCAAGCAGAGAGAGAAGGCUUUCGACCAUUGAGUUUUACAUUACUAAUUGCCAUGUUGCUGAUCGUUACAGAUUUUCGAAUCAUUACAAAAAGGAGGAGGGCACUGGCGCAUGAGAGGAGAUGCUUAGGAGGCAGAGCAAAGAUGUGAAGUCCAAUUGCUAAUUCUCUCGUACCAAACAAGGAUUCAUAGGUCUUGAUUCUUGAAACUUAUUUUUAAUGAAAGCAAAAGCAAUAAGCAAUUUAUUGUCUCAACAAAUAUAUCUCCCUUAGUUUGGGGCAGUUGAGUUUUGUUAAUUCCCACGUACUAAACAAGGAUUGAUAGGCCCUAAAGCUUGUUUUUUAUGAAAGCAAAAGCAAUUUGCGAUUCAUUGGUUACAGUGGACCUUCAUAUUAUGCAAUGUAAAUAAGAUUGGCAAUUUGUGUAUGUAUUAUAGAAAAAGCUUCUGAUGUUAAUCAGUGUUCUGUAUAUUGGUCAGGACUAGAAAUUUAUUUCACUUUCUUUAAUGAAAUGGUUGGGAAAGACAAGUUCCUAAACCAACCGAUCUUAUUCA